AUGAGAGAAGCCCUCCCAACUCGCUCAAUAGUCUCCCCAUUUUCUUCUCUGCCGCCCACAGUAGCUAGGCAUGGCGCGUCUGGCUCGGUCCUUGGGUACCUCCCAUACCGCUGUAGAGCAUGGUCAGACUUCUUCAGCACGGACGAGGCCUGCCAUCCCAGCCUGAUUGACGACGCCUUCGCGUUCCAGUCAGACGACGACAUGCGUGUCCCGUGGUUCUCUCCGCCGCCACGUCACCGCAUCCGCCGACAAGGUGAUAUUAAAUAAUCCACUUUGCUUCGAUGGAAAGAUGGUUGUGCCCAAGUGAAACGUGCGUUGCUGGAUACUCGAGAAAACUUGUUUUCGCUAAUAUUUUUUUCAAGCGUUUGCUUUCUUUGGGUUCUUAUCGCUGUCCCACCGCAAGAGGAACAUACAUGCUUCUCCAAACACGCGUUCCACGAUACCUCCACAUCGUGCAUCAUACCUUCAUCUCGUACAUCUCUUGUCGAGCAUCCCAUCGCCGCUUUCACCCUAG